AUUAUAAAUAGCAGUUACCCUUAUUAUAGGCGCCGUAAAAAUAGUAUUUACAUUACGAAAAGGGUAGGUAGUAAGCAUAUUUUUAUAUAUAAUAAUAUAAUAGUACCGUACAAUCUAUAUUUAGUCUUUAAAUAUAGGUAUUAUAUUAACUUAGAAAUUUACUCUAUUGUAAAUAUUAUAAAAUAUAUUUAUAAAUAUCUUUAUAAGGGUAUAAAUAGGACUAUUAUAGAGUUUACAAACCCAGACGAAAUACAACGGUAUAUUUUAAUAUAG